AUGGUCCGAAACUUCAACCCUUGUCGUGUUUGUAACGCUCCGGGAAACGGAAUUCAUUUCGGAGUCGAUGCGUGCAGGUUCUCAACUUUUCAAAGUGAAAUUCAAAGAUUAGAGCACUUUUAGAGGAUGCACUGCUUUUUUCCGACGCACUGUGGUCCAAAACAAGCAAUAUCUUUGCAAUCAGGACGAAUCCUGCGAAAUUGGAAAUGGUAAUGACCGCGACCACGGGGAUUGUUGAUGUUGAUGAGGAUGAUGAUGCAAAUUCUAACAUUUUCAGCCGAAAGACUAGUCUGCAGGAGUUGCCGAUAUGCCGCGUGUUUGAAGGUCGGAAUGAGACGAGAAGGUUUUCAUUUUUCAAUUUCCAUUUUACCUUUUCUUUUCAGCAGUUCAAAACCACCGUGAUCCGUAUGGACGGAGGGAACAAGAAGUCACCGUUCCUUCUCUUUCUUCUUCGUCCCGCCUCUCCUUCCCAGUGCCUGCUCUUUUGUUGAGUGGCAUCGGAAACAGCUAUGCUCAACUCGAGAACAUUCGAUCGAUCGUGCACAACGACGGCUCCAGCAUGUUCCAGAAGCGUGCUCCUAAACGAAUGACUUACAAGGAGACAAACAAACUUCUUUCCAAAGAGUUCUUCCUGGUCGCCGACUGGAUUUCCAACUCGUUCCCUCAGUUUGUGGACCUUCCCACUCAUCAGAAAGAUCUGCUCAUGAAGAACUUUUACCUGCCGUUUCUGAUUCUAGAAGGCGGAUUUUUCUGCUGCAAAAAGAGUAACAACAGUGUGUUCCCGCUCCCGAAUGGCGAUUAUGUUGACUGUCAGAAUCUGGCCACCUACUACUAUGACCCAAAUGGAGAACAGUUGAUAUCACCUGAAGAUGCUGCACGGUAAGAAUUCAGGACGGCGAGAGAGCCAGAGUUGAUCGGUUAUGUCUUCAGAGUAUUCAAAGGAUCCUGCAACAGUUUCCGACGGAAUGUGACCACUCCGAUGCUUCAGGAGAAUGUGAAUCAGUUCGAGUUUCUGGCUCUGGCCGCUCUCGUUCUAUUCGACACGGCACUCGAGGGACAGUCCGAAGAGUGCGUGGAAAUGUGUCGGAAUGUGAGAAGCACCGUCCAAAGAGAGAUGAUUCAGUAUUAUUUAUCGAACAACACGGAAGAGCACUAUAUCAGAAUGGGCAAUAUCAUCUCGCUUCUGUCGAACUUACAAGUUCGGUUCUUUUCUAAAUUUUGUUCACUUGAACAUUUCCCUUCAUUUCAGAAGUCGACACACCAUUUGCACAGGGACAUGGAGCUGGGCCAUCUGUUUAAUUCCUAUUCGAUUGAGAAUAAGAUUUAUGAAAAGUGUAUUGGAAUACAUUGAUGACUCUUAUAAUGAAUCCGUUUCCCCUAAACAGUUGCAUAAUGUGAGCUUGUAUUUUGAUCUCCGCACGAACAAAAUCAGGUUCCGACAUUGUUCUUUCCCUCCGUCUCCUCGUCUUUUCUCACUCUCUCCAACUGUUUCUUGUAGUCAUUUCGGGGCCCCGUCACGUUUCGGCAAACAGCGAAAAGCAGGAAGGUAGGAGACGGCACUACUGUCUGUGAACUACAAUUCAGGGCAGUCCGUGAUGAUUAUGACUUUCCGUUGCCGUGUAUGUCAUACGAACGAGAGUGGAGUUCACUUCGGAGCCGACGUCUGCAGGUACAUUUUCUUACUGUUCUUGGCUCGAUUUGAAAAAAAGGGCGGAACGUUGCAGAGCUUGUUCCGCAUUCUUCCGUCGUACUGUCGCCAAGAACCAGACGUACAAAUGCAAGGCGAACGGGACCUGCGAGGGGAUCGUUCAACUUCCGGCCAUGAGAACCAUGUGCAGAAGAUGUCGGUAUGCAAAGUGCGUCAAAAUCGGAAUGAAGACGGACUGUGAGUUGUCCGCAGAUUCCUGCCAAUUUUCACAUUUUCAGUGUUUUCAGCCGUUCAAAAGAAUAGAGAUGUGUUCGGAAAACGAGGAGACGUCAACCCGAUGCCCAGUGAUUUCGUCUAUAAACCAAUCCGUCCGACUAUGCCACUUCUGGAAAAGAUUGCUGAAAAUUACGGCCAGCUGGAGAAUGUCCGAUUAUUUGUGCACAACAGGAAGGAGAGAAGGUUAUUCUUAGUGAGUACGACCUUCCCAAAUAUUCAUUUAUUCAAAAGCAGUCUUCAGAAUUCUCACCGCACUCCUCGUCCCGUCAACUACAAGGAGUCUGCUAAGAUUCUCAUGAAAGAGUUUCAAAUCGUUGCCGAGUUCGUUUCCAACUCAUUCUCCUGCUUCUCCACCCUUCCCGAUGAUCAGAAGGACGUGCUCCUCCGAAACUUCUACCUCCAGUUCGUCAUCCUCGAGGGCGGUUUCUUCUCUUGCCGUCAUCGUCGGAACGACAUCUGGUUCCUCCCUUCCGGGGACUACAUUGAUUGUGCGAACCCUGAGACUUACUACUUCGACCCCGAGGGUCUGCAGCCAAUGACUUCAGAAGAUGCUGUCAAGUGAGUACUCGCUUUCGCAUAACAAAAACUUCCAUUUUCAGAAUAUUUGGCUCUUCCUUCGCCACUUACAAACGAAAUGUGUCGCAUCCGAUGCUCCGAGAUGACGUCGACUGUUUCGAGUUUCUGACUCUCGCAGCACUCGCUCUUUUCGCUACUGGUAAGUUGGAAAUUCGCACUUUCCACGGCAAGAUGAUUCACAGGCGUGGAAGGCCAAUCCGAUAUCUGUUAUGAACUGUGCCGCCGGAUGCGAGAGACUGUGCAACGGGAAAUACUCCAUUAUUAUCAGACGACGAAGACUCAGGAAGAAGCUCCGAUGCGACUGGCAACCAUCCUCUCGAUACUGCCCAAUCUUCAAGUAAUCUAAUCACAUGGAAAAUAAACGAUUUUCACUUUCAGAGAGCGGCUCGUCGUUUCCAGGAAGAUGUGGAGUUGAGAAACGUGCUGAGAGCAUAUCGCGUCGAUCGAAACUUUUACGAAAAGUGUUUUAUAAAGUUUUGAAGACAUUUUCUAUCUCGUGAUGUGUUCUCUCUCAAAUAAAGAUCAGCCUGCCCUAUUGAGAGGCUAUAAAAUCUAAUUGAUAACAUUAAACACACGCACGUUACUAUCGAUUUGUGAUGUGUUUUUCACUUUCACUCUCCGAUCGUUGUGUUCUGAAAAUCAAUCCAACUGAAAUAGAAUCACAAGUUUAUCGUCCAUUCCAUCGCUCUACGCUCUCUCUCUCUCUCUCUCUCUCUCUCUCUCUCUCUCUCUCUCUCUCUCUCUCUCUUUCCGUCUCUCCGUUCUCCGCCAGACACUGCUGUCUUUCUCGCUUCCCCUCACACUUUCUGUUGUUUGUAGUCACUACAAUAACUACGGAACAAGGCCUGCUCGAGAUGGAGAAGUUGAUCGUUUUGUGCCAAGUUUGUCAGGACACUGCAAUCGGAAUCAACUUCGGAGUGCCAAGUUGCGGGUCGGUUCGAUCAUCGAUUAACUUUUACUUUCAUUCAUUUUCAGCGGGUGCUCAGCAUUUUUCCGUAGGACAGUUUCCAAGAAUGCGAAAUACGAGUGUGUGCACCAGAAUUCUUGUGAAAUAUUGUCAAGUGAUCAAUCAAUAAUCGUUUCGUUUCGAUCUUGAAUUCCCGUUUUUUUCAGGAAUACGUACAAUAUGCAAAUGUUGCCGAUUCGCAAAGUGUUUGGCAGUUGGAAUGAAAACUGACGGUAGGCUUCAACCUGCAAUAUAUUAUCGGUUCACUAUUCUUCUCCAGCGGUUCAAAACCAACGUGAAUCUUAUGGAUCUUACGGAAAACGGGAAAUGAAGGAGGAACUCCCUUCCUCUUCCAGUUCAUCCUUUCCUUUCAUGUCUGGAAUCAUUCGGAGUUAUGGAGAGCUGGAGAACGUGAGACACAUCAUUCACAAGGAUGAAAACCUCAGUAUCUUCAUGGUACGCAUGAUUUUAAGUGAAAUUAGCAGUGAAGUAUAUUUCAGAAACGAGAACCUCGCUCUCUCAACUACAAGGAGAGUAUAGAGAUUACGGUGAAAGAAUACUAUCUGCUCGAGGAUUGGGUCAUCAAUUCAUUGCCCAAUUUCUCUUCUUUUCCUCACGAUCAAAGGGUCAGUGUUUCAUGGGUUGAUUUCGUUAACUGCCUUGCUUCCAGGGUGUACUUUUCCGUAGUUUCUUCCUUCAAUUCACUAUUCUCGAGGCUUCGUACGUAACUAUUCAAAAGGAACGACUUGACAUCGUUUUCAUGCCUUCUGGAGAUUAUAUCGAUAUCCGAAACCCUGAAAAUUACUACCACGAUCCAGAUGGAGAACAGCCCAUUUCUUCGGAACAAGCAGCGAAGUCAGUUGAAAGUUGAACGUUUUGUAGACAAAACAGGAUGUUUUUCAGAAUCUUCGGGAGUUCAUUCGACAACUAUCGAAGGAAUGUGUUCUUCCCAAUGCUCAAGGAUCAGAUCGAUCGGUUCGAGUUUCUCGCGCUGACAGCCUUGACUCUUUUCGACACGGGACUCGAAGGCCAAUCGGAUGAGUGCAUCGAAAAGUGUCGGAAAGUUCGAGAGACCAUUCAAAGGGAGCUGUCGCGGUAUCUGGAGCACAGCAAGAAGUGUGAAGAUCCGGCGGUCCGUCUCGGUAACAUGCUAUCGAUCAUGCCCAAUCUGCAAGUAAGCUUUAAAAGUCUAUCCGAAACCUUAGCUGUUCACUUUUUGUUCAGAAAGCAGUCCGUCGAAUGCAAGAGGAUAUGACACUGAGCAAUGUCUUCAAAGCGUACGCAGUCGGGCAGCAGUUCUACAGCCUCGGAUUGUUCUGA